GGCGGUGGCGACGGAGGCGGAAGUGCGGUGUUCUAGCCGGUGGCUGCUGUCUCUGGGCGGGCCGUGGGAGGUUCCCGAGGUGGGGGCCGGGCCGGGAUGGCUGCAGCGGCGGCCGGUGCCGGGAGCGGUCCCUGGGCGGCCCAGGAGAAGCAGUUCCCCCCGGCGCUGCUGAGUUUCUUCAUCUACAACCCGCGCUUCGGGCCGCGCGAAGGAGAGGAGGAAAAUAAGAUUUUAUUUUAUCAUCCAAAUGAGGUAGAAAAGAAUGAAAAGAUUAGAAAUGUCGGAUUGUGUGAAGCUAUUGUACAGUUUACAAGGACCUUUAGCCCAUCAAAACCUGCAAAAUCUUUACAUACACAGAAGAACAGACAGUUCUUCAAUGAACCAGAAGAAAAUUUCUGGAUGGUCAUGGUUGUUCGGAAUCCUAUAAUUGAAAAACAGAGUAAAGAUGGAAAACCAGUUAUUGAAUAUCAAGAGGAGGAGUUGUUGGACAAGGUUUAUAGUUCGGUGCUGCAGCAGUGCUACAGCAUGUACAAGCUUUUUAAUGGUACAUUUCUGAAAGCCAUGGAAGAGGGAGGUGUCAAGCUUCUGAAAGAAAGAUUAGAGAAAUUCUUCCAUCGGUAUUUGCAAACACUACAUUUGCAGUCAUGUGACCUACUUGACAUUUUUGGUGGAAUCAGCUUCUUCCCAUUGGAUAAAAUGACUUAUUUGAAAAUCCAGUCCUUUAUUAAUAGAAUGGAGGAAAGCCUGAACAUAGUCAAAUAUACUGCUUUUCUCUAUAACGAUCAGCUUAUCUGGAGUGGAUUAGAACAAGAUGACAUGAGAAUUUUAUACAAAUACCUUACCACCUCCCUUUUUCCAAGGCACAUCGAACCUGAGUUAGCAGGAAGGGAUUCUCCAAUAAGAGCAGAAAUGCCAGGAAAUCUUCAACACUAUGGAAGAUUUCUUACCGGACCCUUGAACCUUAAUGAUCCAGAUGCAAAAUGCAGAUUCCCCAAAAUUUUUGUAAAUACAGAUGACACUUAUGAAGAGCUCCAUUUAAUUGUUUAUAAGGCCAUGAGUGCGGCUGUGUGCUUUAUGAUCGACGGUGGAUCAGUGAAGUUUUCGUUUGAAUACUGUUGUUCAGCAUCGGACAGUAAAAUGAAUCUUACUGGUAUUUUUUGUCAUGACUUGCCAGCCUCUAUCCAGCCAACGUUGGAUUUUUGCCGAAGACUGGAUGGCAUCGUUGGGCCCCAGCUCACAGUGCUGGCCUCUGACAUCUGUGAGCAGUUUAACAUCAACAAGAGGAUGUCUGGGUCUGAGAAAGAACCCCAGUUUAAGUUUAUCUACUUCAACCACAUGAAUCUCGCCGAGAAGAGCACAGUUCACAUGAGAAAAACGCCCAGUGUGUCGCUCACUUCCGUGCACCCAGAUUUAAUGAAGAUUCUCGGUGACAUCAACAGUGACUUUACCAGAGUGGAUGAAGACGAGGAGAUCAUCGUGAAGGCCAUGAGUGAUUACUGGGUUGUUGGAAAGAAGUCUGAUCGGCGGGAGCUCUAUGUCAUUUUGAAUCAAAAAAAUGCAAACCUGAUUGAAGUAAAUGAAGAGGUCAAGAAACUUUGUGCAACGCAGUUCAACAACAUCUUCUUCUUGGAUUGACUGAUGAUGGCUCACCGAAAGCGCAUUUAAAAAACACUCGGCAAACAUUUGGUCAUAUGCGAGUUAGUGCUCAUGUGACGGACUGCAUUCAGGACAAGGGUAAAGCAAUACUUGCUUUGAAGAAUCACAUUUCUACUCGGUCUGCUGAUCUCCCGAGGUUUUUAGAUUUUAAAUAUUUAUGUGGAAUUAAUUAAAGGUAGUUGGCUAUAUCGCUAUCAUUCCAUUCUUUUGACAUCAUGUGAAUAUUUUACUGGAAAAUAAGACUAAUUAAUAAAUUGUUAAAGUUUUUAAAA